AUGUUUUUGGUUUUCCUUUAUUUUAUAGGUCACAUGCAUAGUCAUAUGCGCAUAUAAUUCCACACCGUCGGUCCCUCCCUCUCUUUCUCUCUCACACGCAUUGACGCACAGUCCCCACACCCUCUCUCUCUCUCUCUCUAGACAUUCACACACAACACGAAGAGACAACACUACAACAAGCCAACAACAGUCGUCACAAGCUAAGAACAGUCCUCCCAAGCGAAUUCUUUCUCCUCCAUUCCUCUCUCUCUCUCACACACAAACGUUUUUAUGGACGCAAAGACCACUCUUUUACAAGAGUCAUCACGCAAGUAAACACACUAUCUCUUUCUCUCUCUCUCUCUCUCUCUCUCGACUCAAUUUCUGGAAAAAUUGCACAAAAAAACACACUGGUCGCAUGGCAGAUAUAACCAAGUACGCACCCAUUAAUGGCGGCAACUUGAUCUCAGACUUGAAAUCUCAAUUCUCAAUCAUCAGAACUAGAAAAACCGUCGGUUUUGCUUAUGCCUUCGUCUUCGUCUUCAUCGCCUUCACCAUCUUCCUUGCUUUUACUCCUUCCUCAACCUCCUCUUCCCCUUGGUUCACUAACAUUUUCAUUCUUCCCUCCACCACUAAUGCAACUUCUCCAUCUUCAUCUUUAGAUCAAUCUCAUUUUUCUUCUAUUUACGGCUAUUUCUUUCCAAACUCUUCCUCGCCAGAUUCUCAGAAUUCCUCACUGCCCCAGAAUGCCGGAUCUCCUUCGCCGCAGAAUCAUUCCCCACCUCAUAAAGUUGAAGUCUUGAACCCAACUAAUGCCACGAAUUCACCAGAGAAAUCUGACGUGAAUCGGACUUCCAGCGGUGAAAGUGAAGUCUCGAAGCAAAAUCAAACUCAAAUUCAAGAUAAAGUUGAAGUCUUGAAGCCGAAUCAGACCACAAUUCCGGCCACAAAAUCUCCCGAACCGGCUAAUACGACGGUGAAUUCAUCGCCGGAAUCUGCCUCCGGAUCCAAGAACAUCUCUGCAAAUGGUGAAAAGGGAAUUGCGGAAAAGGGUGUGACCAAGAAUCUCACUUCUUCUCUGGUGAAGAAACAGAGCAAUGGCACAAAUGUUGAGAAAAAAGGGACGGAUGAUUUGAUUAAUUCUUUGAUGAAUUGUGAUUUCUUUGAUGGAAAUUGGGUGAAAGACGAGUCGUAUCCACUCUACAAGCCUGGUUCUUGCUCUCUGAUUGAUGAGCAAUUCAACUGUUUCCGCAACGGAAGACCUGAUAAUGGUUACCACAAGCUCAAAUGGAAGCCCAAGGGCUGCACUCUCCCGAGGUUGGAUGGAAGUCAUAUGUUGGAGCUGUUGAGAGGAAAAAGAUUAGUUUUUGUUGGUGAUUCUCUAAAUAGGAACAUGUGGGAAUCCCUUAUUUGCAUACUAAGGAACUCUGUGAAAGAUAAGAAGAAGGUUUAUGAAGAAUUCGGCCGCCAUCAUUUUCGAGAAGAAGCUUCAUAUUCCUUUGUGUUUGAAGAUUACAAAUGCAAAGUGGAGUUCUUUGUGUCUCCCUUCCUGGUUCAAGAAUGGGAAGUAGUUGGAAAGAAUGGCACAAAGAAGGAGACGCUUCGACUUGAUUUAGUCAGCAGAGGUGCCAGUAAAUAUAAGAAUGCAGAUAUUAUCGUGUUUAACACCGGGCAUUGGUGGACUCACGAGAAAACUUCGUUAGGGAAGGACUAUUAUCAGGAAGGCAGCCAUGUGUAUAGUGAUCUCGAUGUUCAUGAGGCUUUUCGCAAAGCUUUGACGACGUGGGGAAGAUGGGUUGAUUCCAAUGUCAAUCCUAAGAAAUCACUUGUAUUCUUCAGAGGCUAUUCAGCAUCUCAUUUCAGUGGUGGCCAGUGGAACUCAGGCGGGCAAUGUGACCACGAAACAGAGCCAAUAAGGAACGAAUCCUAUCUCGCGCCGUAUCCCUCAAAGAUGACUGUUUUGGAGAAGGUCUUGAAAGGGAUGAAAAAAAAUGAGGUUACCUAUCUGAAUGUGACGAGAAUGACGGAUUACCGCAAGGACGGCCACCCAUCAGUAUACCGGAAACAGCACAUGUCCGACGAGGAGAAGAUAAAGCCGUUGCAGUUUCAAGACUGCAGCCAUUGGUGCCUCCCGGGCGUGCCUGAUGCUUGGAACGAGAUGUUGUAUGCAGAACUAUUGGUGAAACUGAGGCAGCAGAAACAAGAGAAACGGUCGUAGGUCAAACACAUGAAAUCAAUCAUAGGAUCGGAGCUGGCCAGCUAGGGUUCCUCGUGGUCGUCUUGAGAGACAAGACGACCACGAGGCCAUGCUAUGGAAGUCCAGUCCAGUAAAUACUCCCACAUGAAGAGGGCGCUGUGAUAAUACAACAGUGAGAUGAGCCUAAAGAAAGGUGCAUUUCACUCCCCUCUCAUGUGCUCACUUUGAUGAGAAUAUACAGAUAUAUAUACACAUGGUAAAUAUAUUGUUUAUUUCAAAUUGGUGAAGUUGGUAUCUUUUUUGGAGGAAGAGAUUUUCAUUUUUAUGUAUGUUUAUAUGCGGAAAAUGAUGAGAGAAGAGGGAUUAAUUAAAGCUUUAUAGUUUCCCACUUGCUACGGAAAUAAUGUAAAAUGAUUGUUCUAUUCUUGUCCAGUUUAUAAUUUUUUUUUCCUUUAAUUUUCAA